UUAUAACCCCGACCACAUGAUAUGGUCAUAAAAAAAGCUAAUCACUAAACACACUACAUGAUUUAUUAUUAAGCUAAAACGACUUUAAGUCUGGAACAACUCUUUUUUUUUUUUUUUUUUAAAGGGGGAUAACUCUCUUAUCACCUAAUCGGCUAAUCCAGCUUUUUAUUGGUAGUUAGUUAAUUUACUUUUAAAACGGACUAUAAGAACAAAAAGAUGUGCUAAUCCUUAAGAUUUCCUGGUUUGUAUCUUGUAAAUUAGCUAACAGUAGCAGUGAGCCAGUGAUAUGUGGAGUAAACUGAAGAACACUAAACUUCAAUGGCUUCUCUAUCUCUUUGUUUAAAACCAUACAAAUUUUUUCCCAUCAAAUUUUCUCUCUCUCAAAAUUUUAAAACCCCAGAAAAUUACAAUAACAUAAUCAAUUAUAGUAAUAACGACCCUAUUAAUUUCAAUGUUAAAGGUAAAGAUUUGAAGCCCAUAAUUAUCACCGGCAAUCCUCCCACUUUCGUCUCUGCUCCUGAUCGUCGAAUUGUCGCUGUGGGGGAUUUGCAUGGAGAUUUGUCUAAGGCAAGAUGGGCGCUCAACAUGGCCGGAGUCUUGAGUUCAGAUGGUCGAGACUUGUGGACUGGCGGCGAGACGGUGUUGAUACAGCUUGGAGAUAUACUUGAUCGAGGGGAGGAUGAAAUAGCUAUCUUGUCAUUGUUGCGGUCUCUUGAUAUUCAGGCAAGAGUGGAAGGAGGAGCUGUCUUCCAGGUCAAUGGAAAUCACGAAACCAUGAACAUAGAAGGUGAUUAUAGAUACGUUGAUUCUGGGGGAUUUGAAGAGUGCAUGGAUUUCCUAGAGUACUUGAAUGAGUGUAAUCACAAUUGGGAUGAAGCUUUUAUUGGUUGGAAUGCUGUUUCAGAGAGGCGGAAAGAAGAUCGUCAAAAAUACCAAAAUAACUUUGAUCCUUGGAGUCUAAUUAAGUCUUGUAAUAAUACACAUGUAUUAGGACAGAAGCAGAGAGGAAUUAUUGCCCGGUCAGUCCUCCUUCAACCAGGAGGCCGACUUUCUCGUGAAUUAGCACGGCAUCCUAUUGUCCUUCAAGUUAAUGAUUGGGUCUUUUGUCACGGUGGACUUCUUCCUCACCAUGUUGGUUAUGGCAUAGAGAGGAUGAACAAAGAGGUUUCCCAUUGGAUGAGAGUGGAGCAUGACAAUGACGAAGAUACUACAUCCCCUCUUCCUUUCAUUGCCACGAGGGGAUAUGAUAGUGUUGUUUGGAAUCGCUUAUACUCAAGAGAUACUUCAGAUUUGGCUGACUAUGAAAUUAACCAGAUACAUGAAAUGCUUGAAGAAACUUUACGAGCUCUUGGUGCUAAAGCGAUGGUGGUGGGUCAUACCCCUCAGAUUGAUGGGGUGAAUUGUGAAUACAAUUGUAGCAUAUGGCGCGUUGAUGUAGGAAUGUCUAGUGGAGUUCUUAAUUCAAGACCAGAGGUUUUGGAAAUCAACGGCGACAAAGCAAGAGCAAUUAGAAGCCAUGGUGAUGCGUCCAAUGAACUACAGGUUCUCAGCUACUUAUAAAACAAAAGAAAAUGUAACUGGGAUGGAAGCAAUAUGAUUAAUUUGGCCAAUCUUGUAAAUAUUGAGCCAAUAUGUUCGUUUGUUGAUAAUAAUGGUUGUGUGUUUAUUGCUUGUUUCAUUAAAAGAUCACAAUUUUGUUGCUAUGUUGAUUGUUGAUGAACGAAAACAAUUAUACUAUCACUUAAGAUAAAUCGUCGUGGUUAACUCGACAUAUAUGCAAAAUCCAUAGCAAACAAUAUUAUCACAUA